AUGAAUGAAGACAGAGCAGAGAAGGCGCAUGGUGUCCUGGUGGCCGGAGAGGCAAAUAAUCUCCGGCAAGCAUCUGAGCUAAUGAAGUCCAUUAUCUCUUCCUCUUAUUCCACCAAACUCUUCUCUCACAAAUGGCAGUUGCUUCGAGACAAGCUCCAGCAGCUCAACUCUGCUCUAGAAACUGCAGACAAAUGUGGAAACUCUGGCGAGAAUUCAGUGCUUGUUCAACUCCUACAGUCCUUGGUUUCAACUGCAACUGAGAUACAUGAACUCGUUGACAAGUGUAGCAAUGGGUUGUAUAGUGGUGGGAAGCUCCAAAUGAACCGUGAUCUUGAUGUUGCUGCCUCUGAGCUUGAGCUUCACGCCAACAGUCUCAAUGAAAUCUAUGCUUCUGGAGCUCUGAAACCUGCUGGAGCUCUUGUUGUCUCGCGUCCCGGCGCUGGUGCCAGGCGUGAGGAUGUGAAGUUCUACUUAGAGGACCUGCUCACAAGGCUAAAGGUAGGAGAUGCGGAGAUGAAGACUCUAGCCUUGGCCAGCAUUAACGAGAUGCUUCAUGAAGAUGAGAAGCAUGCAAGGAUACUGGUCAUGGAGAUUGCUGACUCUGUUGACGUUCUUGUACGCGUUCUUGAAUCCAAACAAGUUAGCAUUCAAGAGCAAGCAGCAGAGGCCAUCGCAGUGAUCGCCGGGCAAGGUUCUUCUUAG